GGCCGCACGGUAUCGGCUGUCCGCAACGACGCGUCUGUGAGAGUGGGCUAUCCGGGAGGGUGCCCAACUGCCCACCGAGGCAGGUCCAGGGAAAGAUGUCGGACUACCUGAGAUCCGCGCUCGGGUACCUGAACGGCGGCACCGGCGGCAACGAGUACGUCGGUCAGAUGUUGGACAUCAACAAUGUGAAACUGAGAGUGACACGGCUGAUUGCCGAGGGUGGAUGGGCAUUGGUGUUUGCGGUAGAAGAUGUCGCUACAGGAAAAGAAUAUGCACUUAAGAGACUUAUCGCCGCUGAUGAAGAUGCAAACAGAGCCAUUAUACAGGAAAUAGAAACAUUGAAGAGAUUGUCAAAUCACCCAAAUAUUAUUCAGUUCUUGUAUGCCCAACGAUUGGAGCGAGAGGAACGAAAAGGAUAUGAGUAUCUGGUUGUCACUGAACUAUGUCCUGGCGGUACAAUAGCGGAUAUACUCAGGAACGUGUCUGUGAACACGUUGACUCUUGCCCAAGUGUGCAAGAUAGCCUAUCAAGCGACACGUGCAGUACAUCAUAUGCAUAGCCAGCAACCAGAACCCUUCGUGCAUCGGGACAUCAAGCUGGAGAACUUUUUGCUCGGGAAAGACGGCCUUGUGAAACUUUGUGACUUUGGUAGCGCCUCGACUCAACAAAUAUUACCGGAUCCAUCAUGGAAUGCUCAAAAACGCGCCACUCUGGAAGAUCAGAUGGCCAAGUAUACAACCCCCAUGUAUCGUGCUCCGGAAAUGAUGGAUACCUGGAACAAUGAACCUAUAGGGCCUCCGGUGGACUGUUGGGCUUUAGGAUGUAUAUUGUAUUCUUUGAUUACAUUGCGGCAUCCUUUUCCUGAAGGUAACAAACUAGCAAUCGUAAACGGCAAGUAUCCACCGUUACCGCCCAAUCCAAGAUACGCGUGUCUGCAUGAUCUGGUAAAGGGAUGCCUACAAAUCUCGCCCAUACAAAGGUUAACAACAGCACAGCUCUUGGAACGUUUGGCAGCAAUCGCAGAGUCGAAUAAUUUUGAUCCCAGAGAACCACCACGGAUCGAAGUCGCGAUGAAGCCGUCACCACCUCCACGACCAACGCCACCAUCACCACCAUCAUCAUCGUCAAGUGUGCCAACGUCGGUCUCUCGUUCCACCGCGCCGGUAACGAUGCCGCCGCCGAGACCGGCGCCCGUACAGACGGUGUCCAAAGUCCCGGCGACUCAGAGCUCGACCGGCCUAUUCAAUUCGCUGAGGGGCGGCGCCGGCAGUAUUCUGCGUAAUUUGAAAGAUACCUCCAGCAAGGUGAUGCAUACCGUUCAACAGAGUAUGGCCAGGACAGAACUGGAUGCAAGUUAUCUGACGUCGCGCAUACUUAUUAUGCCAUAUCCAGCCGAUGGGAUUGAAUCCGCCUAUAGAGCUAAUCACGUUGAAGAUGUGAGAGUAUUCCUCAACAGCAGACACCCAUCGCCUGCCAAGAUCCAGCUCUACAAUUUGUCCCGUGGCCGACCGAACGUUACACGACUCCCCGGUAGACACAUCGAUUGUUCGUUUGCCUACGCCACUCCAGAAUCAAACGCACCUAUGCUAUUCGCUCUGUAUCAGAUCUGUCAAGAUAUCUAUCAAUAUCUGAACGCUGACUUCAAUCACGUGGUGGUGCUAUACUGUACUGAUGGGUAUCGGGCGAGUGCCACAGUGGCAUGCACUCUGUUGAUCCACUGCAGAGCCUUGACCACUGUCGAGGAGACGAUCGCUCUGUUUACAACGAGACGUUGCCAGCCGCCGCAUUUGCAACCCUCCGAACUACGCAGUAUUAAUUACAUGAGUAUGCUCAGCGGCGGCCGGCCUCCGCAUACGAAGCCGCUGGUUCUCCGUUCUGUUAUCAUACAGCCGGUACCGUUAUUCACCAGAGCGAAAGAUGGUUGUCGACCAUACAUAGAAAUUUAUAGUAACGGCGCGUUAGUCUUCACGACGAAGAAAGCUAAUUACGAAGAAAUGAAGCUGUUUGGAAUAAUGGAAGGCAAGGUCUGCCUAAUUUUAGGAGACGCGGCUGUACGCGGUGACGUCACUUUAGUGAUAUACCACGCCAGGCAGCAGCUCGGCCGUGUAAUUGGUAUUAAAAUUGCCUCGCUACAUUUCCAUACUGGCUACGUGCCCAUCACUGAGAGCGCCUUGACGUUUGAGAAAUGCGACCUGGACGAUGCUCCCGAGAUCGGUGGCAAGUUCCGCAUUGUGCUGAAUGUCAUGAUAGGCGAGGAAAAUUCAAAACUGUCGAGGGUGCCGGCGCCAUGGGAAGCGGAAACAUGUAUCAAGCUUGUACCGGAUCCACUGUUUGGUUCGACAUUGGAAAUGGAAGAAACUUUGGAGACCUUUAGGACAGCUUCUCACCAGGAAGAGGCUCAGAAAAUAUCGUUGAGUGAAACAGACAAGAUUUCACAACACGAAACGGUGCCUCAACAACAGCCGGAACAGCCGAAGGAGGAAGAGCCAAUCAAGAUCGAAGACAACAGUUUUCAGGAGGCUGAUUUGUUGAAUCUCGGCAUGCCGGAUAAUACCAAUAAUACCUCAAAUACUCCCGCCACCGCGGCGGCAAAUCCAGGAUUAGAUAUCUUUUCUAGUUCUAGUCAGAACGAAAGUGAUCUCUUGGGUGGUUUCGGCGUGUCGGCGUCGCAGGCUGAGGCCUCCAAUUCGAUACCCUUAAUUAACAAUAACGCCUCUACUGAUUUACUGUUCGGACAUGAUAAUUCUACAAGAAGCAGCAACACAAGCAAUUUGAAUAACAGCAAUUUGAACAUGAAUGAUUUAUUAUUCGGACAGAAUCAAACAACGUCAAGUAAUGUUAAGGAAGUCAACGACCUGAUGUUUGAUCCACUGGGUGGGAACGUUUCAGGCAAUCUUCUCAGCGGUAUCGCGACAGGUACCGCGAACACCGCUAAGAGCCCGAAUUCCGAAGAGAACUUUCCACGAAAUGCCAGCGUGCCGAACUUCGCCGCUCAGGCUAACAAGGAUCCAUUCGCGAAUCUGACUGGAUCAUUGGGCGCUGGUCUGGCGGGCAGUUGGAACGGUACGCCGAGAAAUUCGAAUACUCCGCAGUCAGCAAGUCCAGCGCCUGCGAGCACGCCGAUCCAUUCCAGCCCGAACACGAUGCACAAAACCAAUGCGACGACUAACGAGGCUAACGGUGCAAACAGCGGCGCCUCGGAUGUAUUCAGUAGUAAAGCUAAGGAAAAGAGCGGCGAUGCGUUUGAGGAUCUGCUCGGUAGCCAGGGAUAUAAUUUCUUCAGUUCACGCAAGGCGGAUAAAGAUAGCCCGAAGACAAUAAAUCAGAUGCGAAAAGUGGAAGCGGCCAAGUCGAUGGAUCCCGAUAGGUUAAAAAUCGCUGAGUGGACGGAGGGCAAAAAAGGAAAUUUGCGGGCUUUGCUCUGCUCCCUACAUACGGUUCUAUGGCCGGAGGCUGAGAGGUGGCAACGUUGUGAAAUGCAUCAAUUGGUUACGGCUGCGGACGUCAAAAAAGCUUAUAGAAAAGCUUGCUUGGCUGUACAUCCAGACAAGCAAGCAGGCACAGCAAACGAGAAUAUCGCAAAGUUGAUUUUCAUGGAGCUGAACAAUGCAUGGAGCACGUUCGAGAACGAUGCAUCGCAGCAAAAUCUAUUUAGCUAAUUUUAAUGAUUGUUAUCCGUUAUUGAGAACCUGUCUUUGUAAUUAAUUUAAUUCCUAGCGGAAGGAGAGCUAAGAAUGGGGCAAGAAUCUCGUUAUCCAUGAGAUGACUGCAUUCAUGUAACUGCAUUCCGACUAUGUUAUUUUAGCUGUAGAGAGAAAGGGUGCGAAAGAAAGAGAACGAGAGAGAAAGUAAAGUCUUCAGAGGCGACAGCGAAUUCGGCGAAGCGGACGCGUCUCCUUAUUGUUUCAACGCCUUGUAAACCUAGUUAAAAUUAUGGCAGUGUGGCGUAACGUAUAUGUAUAUAACGCAAAUGUACAUUAAAAAGAGGAUCCCAAAUAUACGAAGCUAUUUUCCGGCCGAAAAAAA